AUGUCUAGUGAGAACGGUGCAGCUGAAUUAGCGUGUCCGCGUCGCACUAAAAUACUGGUAGCUUUCCAUAACGAAGUUCCUAGGAAGGACGAAUUUUUGGCAAAGAUCUUCGAUUUAAAGACUUCAAAUGAUACUCAAAUACACCGAGAUAUCAAGUGGUCGACCAAAUAUUAUUCUGUAUCGAUUGAUAUUUACGUUGACUAUUUCGAUGAGCUAAAACGAUGGGUAGACGAAUUUUGUAGCCCAGAGUUUGAAGAACUCCGACAAGUUUUGGCCGGGUGCAUCUUUAUUGGGCCAUGCAGAGAUGAUGGUGAUAUCGCAGCUAUUUCGCAACUGGGCCAGAGUGGCGCGAUGGAUUGGGGUUUUGUGGCCGUCUUGGCAACUGAAAUUGGUGUCAACGAGCAAAGACAAGCAUCUCUGGAACAGGAUCUUUUGGCUAAUGGUGUUGAGAUCACCACGGUGGAUUCAGCACAGACGAGCCAGAAAAAUGAGUACGGAGAACUAGGUGGGAUUGACAGGAUCAAAGAGUUGAUAGACACUUUUGAGUGGCACCCAGAACUUUUGCACAGAACACACACGCGAGAGGAGACGUCGUCAAGUAGCAGCACCACCUCCGCUCCGAAGAUGGCGCUAGAGGACGUGAUGGAGAAAUUGCAUGAAGCACGAGUCAAGUUCCAAGAAAUGGAAUCAUCAGAGGAACGUGAAAGUUUUGCGCGUGAAAUGGCGAGCGAGAUCAGUCAGCUGUUGUGA